GCGCAGGCGUGGAUGGAAACGGCUACACAAACAAGCAAAACCCACCACCCUGAGGCCUCCGGCUCUUCCCCGCCCACCUUUCCCGGGCUGCGGCUCUCCAGCUUCCCCGUCGCCCGGCUUUCUCCGCCCCCGUCAACGUCUGGGCACGUCCCCCUCGCGGCGCGGGCCACGCACGGCGGUGCACUUAACCUCUCCCGGUCCGGCGCGGAGUUAGAGGCCCGGGCGGCGCGGGUGGUGCGCACUGCUGGUGGCGGGGAGCCGAGGCGGGAGCUCGGGCCUGCAGCCCCCGCCGGGCGGAGGAUGACUUGCUACCGAGGCUUCCUGCUGGGCAGCUGUCGGCGUGUGGCGGGCGGCCGGGCAGCGGUGCUGAGGGGGCCGGGCGCGGGAGGCCCCGCCGCGCGGCCGCGGCUCUGCGGUGACGGCGGCGGCCGGCGGCACCUGGGGCAGGGUCAGCCGCGCGAGCUGGCGGGCUGUGGCAGCCGCCCCGACGGCGGCUUCCGCCCGUCGCGGGUGGUGGUGGUGGCCAAAACCACCCGGUACGAGUUCGAGCAGCAGCGGUACCGUUACGCGGAGCUCUCCGAGGAGGAUCUGAAGCAGCUGCUUGCAUUGAAAGGCUCUAGCUACAGUGGACUACUUGAACGACAUCAUAUUCACACCAAAAAUGUAGAGCAUAUUCUAGAUAGUUUACGGAAUGAGGGAAUUGAGGUUCGUCUAGUAAAGAGGAGAGAAUAUGAUGAAGAGAUUGUUCGAUGGGCAGACGCUGUCAUAGCUGCAGGAGGUGAUGGCACGAUGCUCCUGGCAGCAAGUAAGGUCUUAGAUAGACUUAAACCAGUUAUUGGAGUAAACACUGAUCCAGAACGGUCUGAGGGUCAUUUAUGUCUUCCUGUUCGAUACACACAUUCCUUCCCAGAAGCCUUACAGAAGUUCUAUCGUGGUGAGUUCAGGUGGUUAUGGAGGCAGCGAAUCAGGUUGUACCUUGAAGGGACUGGCAUAAACCCUGUUCCUGUGGACCUCCACGAACAGCAGCUAAGUUUGAAUCAACAUAGUAGAGCCUUCAACAUUGAAAGAGUUCAUGAUGAAAGACCUGAGGCUUCAGGACCCCAGCUUUUGCCAGUGAGGGCACUAAAUGAAGUCUUCAUCGGGGAGAGUCUAUCAUCCAGGGCUUCCUACUAUGAGAUUUCAGUUGAUGAUGGUCCAUGGGAAAAACAGAAGAGUUCAGGGCUCAAUUUGUGUACUGGAACAGGAUCAAAGGCCUGGUCAUUCAAUAUUAACAGGGUUGCAACUCAGGCUGUGGAAGAUGUUUUAAAUAUUGCAAAACGACAAGGAAAUUUAACUCUUCCAUUGAACCGAGAAUUGGUAGAAAAAGUAACAAAUGAAUAUAAUGAAUCGCUGCUCUACAGUCCAGAAGAACCAAAAAUACUUUUCAGUAUUCGAGAACCAAUAGCAAACAGAGUUUUCUCCAGCAGUCGUCAGCGUUGCUUCACCUCAAAGGUGUGUGUUCGUUCUCGUUGUUGGGAUGCCUGCAUGGUUGUGGAUGGAGGUACUUCUUUUGAGUUUAACGAUGGAGCAAUUGCUUCGAUGAUGAUCAAUAAAGAAGAUGAGCUUCGAACUGUGCUUCUAGAACAAUGAAAGAUUUCCUCAGAUGACAAAUUUUGAUUACUGGGAAAUGCUUUCAUUUCACUGCAGAAACAGACUACUGCUCAUAAAGCUACAUAUGUUGGUUAUUAUUGAGACUGGUUGGCCCUGGGCUUCAAAGGUGACCAAGAAAGUGAGAUUUGCAUUAUUCUUCUUUUGGAUUUGGAUAGAAAAGAUUGUUCGCUGUGUUAGAAAAUGGAUGGACUAAACUGAUUAGAAUUGAUACCAGUGAAAUUUCUAUAUUGCUUAUAGUUGGUAUCUAAGAGUACUGAUAUCUUUUUAGAGAGGUAGGCUCAAAUAAAGGAUUAAAUGUUUAGGAUUUGAAAUUUCACUGUACAAGUUUUUUUUUUUUUCCUUCCCUUUCCUAACUGGAAUUGGUCAGACCAAACACAUACCAUCUGAUUAGUGUAUAUUUUUUAUAGUACCUAAAAAAUCGAUUUUUAAAAAAUUUUGAUGGAGAAUUUUGAUAAAUCCUGACAUUGACCUAAUUGAAGUAGGUAAAUGCGUUUUUUAUAUGUGCUUAGAAUUUUCUAAUUUCAGAGUACAAUAUUGUUACGGCUCUUUAUUAAGAAAUUCAAUCAUUUUUGAAAUUAUUGAUGUUUUCAUUUAAUAAUUGACUUUCAGGUUAAUUUUGACAGUGCUGGGUGAAAUGAAGUAUAUCUGAAAAAAAUCAUGAUACUGUUACAAAUGUAUUAAUUAUCCAGUAGCUUUUUUAGGUCAUAGACAGUUUUUUUUUGAAUGCUUUUGAGUCUUAAUAGAUUUCUUCCAUAUUUAAAACUCUAACAUGGAAUCAAAGACUAAAGGGAGCUGAUUAGACAUAUUAGGAGUUUGGUGAAACCUUUAAAAAAUAUUUUCAUCUAGUAUUAGGAGUAUUGUCAGAAAAUGGAUUCUUUAAUAAAUAUGCAAAACAUUAGUUUUGGAACUGCCUUACUUUUAAUAUCAUGGUAGUUUUCACCUAGCUCAUAUUCCGUGUUUCACACAUUAGCUUUGAAAGAUAAAAUGUUACAGCUUCCUUCACCUCCCCUCACCCCCAUGAGAGUUCCUUUAGUUUGAGAGGAAAUUAUCUAAUUCUUGAUCUACUUAUAAGUAAUCCUAGAAUUUUUACAAAAAGCACCUAUUGCUGCAUCAUGAGACAACAGGUAUUCUCAUGCCAUUUAUUCAGAGUUGUAUCUUUUUUUCAUUUGCUGUUAAAGAGUUAUAUUCAACAUUCAGAUAUUUAUUGAACACAUAUCUUGUGCCAUGUACUGUGUCAGAUGCUGGGUAUACAUUGAUGGACAAAAGACUCUAUCCUAAUAGAACUUGAGUCUUGUGAGUUAGGAAAUUCUGUGAAAGCUAGGCGAUGUAUAAUCAAAUUGAGUGCUAUUAGUUUUGCCAACACUUAACAUGUUCUUGUCAAAUUUUUAAAUAAAUGUUAUACAAAGGUAAUCUAGGUUUUGAUGUAUAUCCAGAACAAGAAUCUGUUCUUCUUUUCUAAGUAUCUGCAUAGACACUCGGAGCAGUGUUUACAUGAUUCAUACCAAAAAAAAAAAAAAAAAAAUCAGUGUUUUCCCAGAGCUGGAUCUAGUUUCUGGCUUGAUGUAAAAUUAUUAACUGAAGAUAACACUUUAUGGUAUGGGAUUUCAGUUCUUUAUAAAAACUCUAAGAGGUUUAAGUACUUUCUUAACAAAAAUUCCAGCUCCAUCUUUACAUCAAGCAAAUCUGAUUGUCCAAAAUGGUACCAUAGAUCUGUUAAUAUGUAACGUAUUAAUAGGCAACCUGCUCUGUAAAAUUGUUCAUAAGCCGUAAAGGUUAAAAAGUUAAUUUGCUCCCUUUGCAGUAUAACUUCUAACAUUUCUGCUAUGUGGUGGGGAUUGAUUUAGAAGAGAGAAGAAGCAAAGGAUAUUACAAUAGAAGAAAUGUUUUUAUGAGUUAACCUCUUAAUGGUAACUAUAUGUGAAUAAACAAUUAAAUUGUUUUUUAGUUUUUUUUAAA